UAAAUAUAUGUUCAAGUUACUAGUGCUAAACAACUAAAACUAAAUCUAAAACUUUAUGAAUAAAAAAAAAAAAAACUAUGUAUACAUUUUAAAAAACAAGAAGUAAUACAAAUUACUAAAACUUUAACAAAAAUUUAAAUACAUAUAGAAAAUAUUUAAUUAAAUCUAAAUUGAAUGAAAGCUAAAAUAACUCUGUCCAGAAUAAAGUUUUGAUCAGAAUGAUCAGUGUAACUUGUUUGUUUUGUCUUCUGGGAAGCAUGUAAAUAUCUUAUGUUGUGACCUUUGCCCUCUGACUCCUCAGACAGUUUCAUUUCUGAGCAUCAGUUAUUGUGACUAAAUUACUGUUCUGACGUAUCUAAUUAAAACCCACAGCAGACGCAGACAGACUCUUCUAUUUCUGUCUUCCUUCAGUGACGGCCUGAGGUGGUUAAUGAGUUUUUAACGAGUGCAGCACGUGUGUGUUUGGUGUGUGUGUGUCGUGGUUUGUGAAUGUUACCGCAGCAGACGCGCGUCUGGGACACCAGACUAAAAACACUGCACUCCGCUGUCAGUCAUUUCAGAUUGAACUUUAGGAAAUUGAGUAAUGAAAUAAAUGUCUUACAUACAUAAUCAUGCACUGUGGAAUAAAAACAUUUUUCAAAGUUAUAAAUAAAACAGAUAUUUCAAAUACUAUUUCAGUCUUUCUACUUAAAAAAAAAAAAAAAAAAAUUCUCAUUUAAUUUGAUGUUACUUGCCGCUUCUUUGUAAUUAAGUAUUUGAGCGAAAUUAUUUUUGAUGAAAUUUCUGAGAAAAAUCAUUUCAAAGUAAAUCAGUUUUACAAAAUGUUUCUGUUUUGUACGAUUUGUGAUCUUUUCUUUACACAAAUCGUGUCCAAAAUGCUGUUAUGUUUAGCUGUAUAAAAUGUUUUACAUUUAUUUAUUUAUUUAGUGAUUCUUUGUUGUUUAUUUGUAUAAAAUGUUUUAGGUUUAUUUUUAUUUUAUUCAUUCAACUUUUCUUCUUUUGUUUAUAUUGUGGUAUGUUUAGUUGUAUAAAAUUAUUUAUUUAUUUAGCUAUUUAUUUUUAUUCUUAAGUUAAAAUAAAAAUACUUUUUAUUUGAUGAAAGGACUUAAAAUAAUAUUAGAAUAUAAAGUUCAGAGCAAGGGCUUGAUGCUAUGACAUGUCCCUACCAAGAUACAGAGACUGCUAAAUUGUCCCUAGCAACAAUUUUGAUCAAAAAAUUAAAUAUGUGUAUGUAGUGUCACGGAAAGCUCCAAAACACGCAGAUCCAAAUGCAGCAUUUAUUGUAAAAAAUCCCAAAACAAAGAAUAAUCCAAAUCAGUGCAAAACAGAGCAUCAGAAAACGCAUAACAGAAAAUAAUAAAUCAGCAACCAAAGACACAGAUAACCGGGCUUAUAUGAGGAUAAGUUAACAAGGAAAUGAGACACAGCUGAAUGAAAUGAGAUUUGAUUGUCAAAGCAAAGGGUGAUGGGAACUGAAGUCCAGAGAAACAAACACAAUAAAGAAAUGUGCCCUCUAGUGGCCUUACAUGGGCACACCAACCAGACAUUGUGACAUUACCUCCCCUUUAAGGAGCGGAUACCAGACGCUCCACCAGAAAACACAAAAGUUCAGGAGGGAGGUGGAAAGGAGGCAGAUCAGGGGGAGGGAUGGUGGGCCAGGCCCGUGUAGCGGAAGAGGGCCCGGAGACAGAGGCAGACAAGGGUGCCAGGGCGGGACCGAAGGGACAGACCAGCGAGGCUCCGGGUGAACAACAACCCCGGCAGGCAACCAGGGCAGAGCCAGGAGCAUGGCAGACCGUAAAGGUGGAGCUGAAGACCACCUCAUCGGAGCUAACAAGGCAGAUGAACCCCCUAGUGGCUCAGGCAGGACUGCAAAGAAGAGCACAGAGAGUUUAGUAACAGCCUCAAUGGCUGCAACAGGACAGACAGGCACCUCAGCAACGGACUCCUUGACUGUAAAAGGGCAGACUAAAAGUUCUGGAGUGAACUUGUAGAUUUGAGUGGAAUCUGAGGGCUCCCGGACUGGAGCGGGCUCUGGAGUGACUCUGAAUGCUCCCAAGCACGCAGGACAGUACAGAGGCCAAAGGCAAAGACGGCCGCCUUGAUAAUGGCAGCAGCAGUGAAAUUGGGCGGUUCUGUGGCGAACUCUGAGACCACCGGAGUCAGAUCUUCAAGGACCACCGGACUCGAUACCACCGGGUUGGAUCCUCCAGGACCACCAGACUCGGGAACACCGAAAUCAGGUCCUCCAGGAACACCGGAUUCGGGACCACCGAAAUCAGGUCCUCCAGGAACACCGGACUCGGGACCACCGAAAUCAGGUCCUCCAGGAACACCGGACUCGGGACCACCGAAAUCAGGUCCUCCAGAACCACCGGACUCGGGACCACCGAAAUCAGGUCCUCCAGGAACACCAGACUCGGGAACACCGAAAUCAGGUCCUCCAGGAACACCGGACUCGGGACCACCAAAAUCAGGUCCUCCAGGAACACCGGACUCGGGACCACCAAAAUCAGGUCCUCCAGAACCACCGGACUCGGGAACACCGAAAUCAGGUCCUCCAGGAACACCGGACUCGGGACCACCGAAAUCAGGUCCUCCAGAACCACCGGACUUGAUACCACCGGAGUCAGGUCCUCCAGGACCACCAGACUCGGGACCACCAGGGUAGUCAUUGCUGCCCUCUUCCUCCUUGACCUUCGCUUGCGAGACAGAGACUGUGAAGAUUCACUGUCAGCUGGAGCAGACUCUGGUAUCUCCGGGGGCACUGCAAUCGGCUCAGAUCGACAUGAUGCUACUGUAACUGUCGUAGGCCAGUAAGUGCUGUUGCAUGUAAACCUCACUCCCCUGAUCUCAAAAAGAGGCGCUCUGGUGACUUGAUGCAAUAGGCCGUGGCCUUUAGCCUCCUUGUUAGAGUGCCUGCCUCCCACGCCGGAGACCACGGUUCGAAUCCCUCUCGAAGCGAGGCAAAGUAGAAAAGGUUACACUACUAAAUUGCGGUAACAGAGAUAAUAAAACUCCAAAAGUCAAGAGUUUUAAGCCCCUCCAUCACCCAAGGAGGCAAGGUAUUGUCUAGGUAAUCAUUUAAAAUCUUGCUGAGCUCAGAAUUACAAAGUUCCAAUCCUACCGGCAAUGUCCAAAAAGUCUGUGCCAGUCCACCCACUUGCAUCCCCUGUUACCGAAGAUCCGCCAACAUCCUGAGCCGAGCUUUCCGCUCCUCCUUCGAAACAGGAGGAAGAAUUCGAUUGCCCAUAGUCCACAACUCAAUAGCUCAGUCUAGCUGCUGGAUCUCUAAAUGGCUGGUUUAUUCUGUCACGGAAAGCUCCAAAACAAGCAGAUCCAAAUGCAGCAUUUAUUGUAAAAAAAAAAACAUUUUCCAAUUUCGACAUCAAUUGUAAUGAUUUUUUAAAAGCACGUAUAGUGAUGGGAGUCACUGCGUCACAAAAUGAUUCACUGUUUCGAAGCGCUCCAAUCGGAUCACGAAUCAUUUGAUUCAGAUCGGAACUUCGGAGCAGCACAUUUUACAAUUUAAGCCCCCAAUUUAAGGGAUUUCGGUGCAUGGAUCGUGGACCUUUCUUUCUGAUUUCUUUUUUUUAUUUUUGAUUAAACAGUACAAAACAUCAAACCAUUAAAGCAGCACAGUUAUAAACACAUAAAGAAAAAAGAAAGAAUACACAAAUACAAAUCUUUUAAGAGAAUUAACCAUGGUUUUACUAUAGUAAAUGUGUAGUAACCAUGUUUUUGUUUUUUCUUUCUUUUGUAUUACCACAGUUUUAAUACAAUAUCAUGGUUAAACUAUGGUUAGUGUAGCAAAAGCAUGGUUAAUUUGUGGUUACCCUGGUUUAAGUAUAGUAACCAUGUUUUGUUCAUCUUAACCAACACAGGAUGAAUAUAGAGAGCAGAUUUUUGUGAAGUUUAGCUAGCUGGAAACACUAAUUAAGUUCUAUUUUCCUAUAUUCUCUUUCAAGUCGUCAAGCAAUCCAAAGAAACAUCUUUAAAUCAGAAAGAAAAUUCACUUACAAAAUGAGAUCGGAUGAACAUUAAAUAAAAAUCUGACCUACACUCUUGGUUCAGAGUACAAGUGCUGGUCAUAUAAUUAGAAUAUCAUCAAAAAGUUGAUUUAUUUCACUAAUUCCAUUCAAAAAGUGAAACUUGUAUAUUAUAUUCAUUCAUUACACACAGACUGAUAUAUUUCAAAUGUUUAUUUCUUUUAAUUUUGAUGAUUAGAGCUUACAGCUCAUGAAAGUCAAAAAUCAGUAUCUCAAAAUAUUAGAAUAUUUACAUUUGAGUUUGAAUAAAUGACCAUCCCUACAGUAUAAAUUCUGGGUAUCUCUUGUUCUUUGAAACCACAAUAAUGGAGAAGACUGCUGACUUGGCAAUGAUCCAGAAGACGAACAUUGACACCCUCCACAAAGAGGGUAAGUCACAGAAGGUCAUUACUGAAAGGUGUGGCUGUUUACAGAGUGCUGUAUCAAAGCAUAUUAAAUGCAAAGUUGACUGGAAGGAAGAAUUUGGGUAGGAAAAGGUGCACAAGCAACAGGGAUGACCGCAAGCUUGAGAAUACAGUCAAGCA